UUAUUAUCAAAGGAUUGAUUAACAAAUCACUGAUACCAUGGCUGGGAAGCAAGGAAAAGAUUUAGCAUUGUCUAUGUUAAGAGUGUUACCUAGACUGUCAUUAGCGAAUAUCCGAGAUAAUCCUGACGCGAGAAAACCACCAAAACGUGGCAGAGGUCAACAUGGUGGUAAUAAGCAUGGUGCUGGUAACAAGGGCUCUGGUCAAAGGCAGAAUUAUAUGCGAGUGGGUUAUGAAACUGGAAAUACCCCAUUUUAUUUGAGGUUUGGCUAUGAGCCUUAUUAUAAAGGACAUCACUUGAAACGAGAAUAUCCACCACUUUCUUUACAAAAACUGCAGAUGUUAAUUGACACAAAUCGGUUGGAUAUCAGUAAACCAGUAGAUCUCACAUCAUUGAUAAACACUGGUAUAUACCAAAUAAAUGUGCAUUGGAAACAUGCCGGAGUUCAUUUGACUGAUGAGGGAGCACAUUGCUUUAAAGCAAAACUAAACAUAGAGGUGCAGUGGGCGAGUGAGCCUGUGAUUGCUGCAAUUGAAAGAAAUGGUGGUGUAAUUACAACUGCAUACUACGACACACAUUGCCUUCACGCCAUGUGUGAUACAGAACAGUUUUUCAAAAGAGGUGAACCGAUACCACGUAGGUUAUUGCCGCCCACGGAUUGCUUGGAAUAUUAUUCCAGCGCCGCUACGAGAGGAUACCUGGCCGAUCCCGAGAAGAUUUCUCAGGAACGGCUGGUGCUGGCGCAAAAGUAUGGCUACGAGUUACCGAAAAUUGAGGAUGAUCCCUAUUACGAGAUGUUGUGCGAGCGCAAGGAUCCGCGGCAAUUGUUUUAUGGUCUGGAACCAGGCUGGGUGAUCAGUCUUAAGGAUAAAGUGAUACUGAAACCAAAGGCCGAGUAUUUGAAGGAAUUCUAUGCGAGCUGAAACAAAACACGAAAAUGUAUAGAAAUAAUGUCAAUAAAUUAGAUACAAUAAGUUACAUUUA